GAGCGCGUCUCUCGGUUGUCCAGCAUACUCAUCGACCAAGAGCCAACAUAGCUGCAACGUGCUGCUCUUUCCUUUCAAUCCUACUUGCGCUCCUUCACUGCUAGAGCUUCUACACGCCUUGCCCUUCCUACCUCACAACCGCCAUCAUGGUCGGCAAGAAGCAGCCCGUCUACGUCCUCGGCGUGGGCAUGACCAAGUUCAUCAAACCUCGUGGCAAGGUGGACUAUCCCGAACUCGGGUUUGAAGCAGGUGUCAAAGCCAUGCUCGACGCGCACAUCAACUACGACGACGUCGACCAAGGUGUCGCAUGCUACUGCUAUGGCGACUCAACUUGCGGUCAGCGCGUCUUCUACCAGUUUGGCAUGACUGGCAUUCCAGUAUACAAUGUCAACAACAACUGCUCGACUGGCUCAACAGGCCUGUACAUGGGACGAAACAUGAUUGCGCAUGGAGCGGCCGACUGCGUCUUGGUCGUGGGCUUUGAGAAGAUGUUCCCAGGGUCGCUGCAGACCUUCUUCCAAGAUCGCGCAAACCCGACAGGCACGUCAAGUUUAAUGAUGAAAGAGACGAGAGGCAUUACCAAGGCCCCUGGUGCCGCCCAGAUGUUCGGAAACGCUGGACGGGAGCACAUGGAGAAAUACGGCUCUGAACUCAAAGACUUUGCAGAAAUCGGUCGCAUCAACCACGCGCACUCCAAGAACAACCCCUACUCGCAAUUCCAAGACGAAUACACCCUCGAACAAGUCAUGAAUGCACCCAUGAUUCACGAACCCCUCACAAAGCUUCAAUGCUGCCCGACCUCGGAUGGAGCUGCUGCCACAGUCCUUGUCUCGCAGGAGUUUCUCGACAAGCGUCCCGAGCUCAAGGACCAGGCUAUCCUAAUUGCUGGACAAAGACUCGCAACCGACACACCGUCACUGUUCAACCGAAGCGCAAUUGAACUAGUAGGAUACAGCAUGAGUGAAUUGGCUGCCCGUGAAGCACUCGAGGAGGCCAGCGUAUCGCCAGACGAUGUCAAGGUGUGCGAACUCCACGACUGCUUCUCUGCCAACGAGAUGGUUACCAUCGAAGCCCUCGGCUUGGCUCCCAAAGGAAAAGCCCAUGAGCUGAUCCGCAAGGGCGGCAUAACCUAUGGUGGAAAGGUUGUCAUUAACCCCUCUGGCGGUCUGAUCUCCAAGGGCCAUCCUCUAGGUGCCACGGGUCUCGCCCAAUGCGCAGAAUUGGUUUGGCACAUGCGCGGCUGGGCUAACAAUCGCUCAGUCAAGGACACCAAGGUGGCUUUACAACACAACCUGGGUCUCGGGGGCGCGGUAGUCUGCACAGUCUACAAGAGGCACGAUGGAAGCGCUGCGACGGAUAAGUCAGAUGAGCAGAUUGGCAAGAUUACAGGACUAGGAUACAACCCAGCGACUGUCGCGAAGGGCUUCACAAAGGAGCAGGUUGAAGCUGUCAGGAGCAAGAAGGCGAGGAGUCAAUGGGCAUUACAAGAUACAGAACAAAAGGUUGAGGCUAGGUUUUAGGUGUGCAUGUGGUUGUAACAGCGACGACCGUUGUGUGUACAAUUCUUGAUCAUUUCCAUUGCACUCAAUAUGGAUUGCGCUCCAGCUUCUCUUUCCAAUCCGUUUCUAAUGAAUCGUGCGAGUCUUGGCAGCCUUUUUGUAGCUCCGUGCUAGACUGGUAUUGAGUAUCUUUACAUCGCUUGUCUGAGAAGUCAUAGAAACAUCACUCACCCACAAGUCACGAAGCGGAAGGAAUGGCAAAAUAUGUCUAGAAUGAUUAUCAUGGACUGGUAUCUCGAUUAAGCUUUGAACCUUCAGCUUGCCAUAAGCAAAAGAGGCUUGCAGUUUUGGUGACGCUUUUGAGUGGAUGCCACUCCGCUGUAGGAUGCAAGACAAGGUAAGAAAAUUGUACAGUAGAGU